AUAUUCUGUGGUCCGUAAACACCCGAUGGUAAAUGUUUGCAGAGGCCUCAGACGCCUUCAGAAGACGCACUUAAGCCUCUCUCUCUCUCUCUCUCUCUCUCUCUUAUAAGCAGCUUUCUGCAUACAUCCAAGAUGUGGAAGAGGACCUGAAGGAGAGCCUUUUGAGGUGACAAAGGUUUUAUCCUUUUGUGUUUUGGUGAAUAAGUUGAUUAAUUGGAUGGUCGUGGUUAAAAGCUGUGAUCUGGAGCAACAGUACACAAGGACAGCAGCCUGAGAAAGGAUGCCAAACCAGCUAUGGUUUGCACUGCCAAUGAUUUGCAGGAGUGGAAAGAUUUCCCAAAGGGCCUCAGAGUUCUUCUGCUUGAUGGAGACACCACUUCUGCUUCGCAGAUAAGAUCAAAGCUUGAGGCAAUGGAUUAUAUUGUUACUGCAUUCUGCAAUGAAAACGAAGCAUUGUCAGCAUUUUCAAGCAACCCUGAAAGUUUCCAUGUUGCAAUUAUUGAGGUAAAUGCAAACAAUGGCCAUUUGGGUUUCCAAUUUCUUGAAACUGCGAAGGAGUUGCCUAUCAUUAUGACUUCAAACAUUCAUUGCCUGAGCACCAUGAUGAAGUGUAUAGCGCUUGGUGCAGUUGAAUUUCUGCGGAAACCACUCUCUGAGGACAAACUUAGGAAUAUUUGGCAGCAUGUGGUUCAUAAGGCAUUCAAUGCAGGAGGAAGUGUCAUCUCUGAAACGCUCAAGCCUGUCAAAGAAUCACUAGUAUCCAUGGUGCAGCCCAAACAGGAAAAUGAAGAACAGAACUGUAAAAUCUCUAAAGAAACAGAAAAUGUUCUGCGGGUCCAUGAAAAUGACCAAGAACAAUCAGCAGGGUGUGAUAAGUACCCAGCUCCUUCAACACCGCAGCUUAAACAAGUAUCACGAUUACUGGACCAUGGAGAUUGCCAAGAUCAAAUUAACUGCCUAUCAGAGAAGGAGAGUGGGGAGCAUGACAUUGAAACUAAAUCAGUCGAAAAUACUUGUAACAAUCCAAUUGAUGAAGGGAAUCUUCUCACAAGCGAACCUCAUCUUAUGCUUAGGAAGACGGCAGUUAAAAAGGAAAAUGACUCAGGUGAUGGGUCUAAGAGUCAGGUUGAUAUGUCCCAUCACCCGGAUAAUAUAGACAGUGGCAAUGAUAAUGGUGGUGCUGCUGAAAAUCUGAGUAAAGCAUCAGUUCCCAAUUCUUCAUGCAAAUCUAAUCGGAAGAAGAUGAAGGUAGAUUGGACAUCCGAACUGCAUAAGAAAUUUGUGCAGGCAGUAGAGCAAUUGGGUGUGGAUCAAGCCAUUCCUUCUCGAAUACUUGAUCUGAUGAAAACUGAAGGUUUGACAAGGCAUAAUGUAGCAAGCCAUCUCCAGAAAUACCGCAUGCAUAAGAGGCACAUCCUACCCAAGGAAGAAGACCGGAGAUUGCUGCAGCCGCAUCAUACUAGAGAUCCAAUUCACCAGAGGAGUUAUUAUCCUUAUAGUCACAGGCCUAUCAUGGCCUUCCCCCCAUAUCAUUACACCAAUCCCACCCUAUCAAUGCCUCCAGCCUAUCCAAUGUGGGGAUCACAACCACCUGCCAGCAGUCAUCCGGCCACCGUCCAGAUGUGGGGCCAACCUGGCUAUCCCCACUCCCAGUGGCAACCAUCAGAUCAAAGUUGGCAGUACUGGAACCCUUAUCCAGGGUUACAAGCUGAUGCAUGGGGUUGCCCAGUAAUGCCACCUGAACAAGGUGGCUAUUCCUCUUAUCCUCAAAACACAUCAGGUUUUCAAAAUGCAGGAGGUCAUGCAGUUGAAAAUGGCCAUGGGUACAGCAUGCCACAAAACUCUUUCGACAUUCAUCCGGCAGAAGAAGUUGUUGACAAGGUUGUGAAGGAGGCAAUGAGCAAGCCAUGGCUACCCCUCCCUCUAGGCCUUAAGCCUCCUUCCACUGAAGGUGUACUAGCUGAGCUAACAAGGCAAGGCAUCUGCAACAUUCCUCAGAUCAACGGCUCCAACACCCGGUGACGUCGCGGACCUUGUCCCAUCCACAAGGCUAGUGUGGUGGUCCUCCUCUCACUUCACUCAGCCAAAUCAAGUCGAGUCCGUAACCAUGUGUUCUGUCAAAUUUUAACAUGUAUUGGACGCUUGAUUUGUAAACGAGGACCAGAGGGUGUAGAAGUGAGCUUUUGAAAUUUGACAAUUGGGAUGGCCAUGAACUGGCCACGUUUCCCUCCUCAUGUGGAAAUUAUUCAAAAUUGCUGAUUGUAAAUAGUUCCAGAAGAUAAGGGCCAGCUAGCUAUUUGGGUGUGCAACUUUUUUUUUUCUGAUAUGGUCUUUUCCGUGAGCUACCUUUUGGUGUUGUUAGGUCGGUCCUACUCCUACUACUUUCGUUUCAUGUCUAAUUAAUAAUGUUAGGCAGAGUUGUUUGCUCUGCCUUCUGCCUUCUGCCA